AUGGUGUACCACGAGCGACAGGAGAGCGCAUUAUGCGCGCAGCAUGCUCUGAACUCGCUGCUCCAAGGCUCCUUCUUUUCUGCCAGUGAUCUGGGUGAAAUUGCCUGUCAGCUAGACGAGGAAGAACGCAGUCGCUACGCGGAGGCUGGGCUUGAUUCACGGGAUCUUUUAAACUCCUUUAGCGGGUCGCAAAACUGCGAUGACUCUGGUUUUUUCAGCUCUAUGACGAUUGAGCGAGCGCUCCAAGUUUGGAGCCUUGAGCUCAUCCCACGCCAGAGCCAGCGGGCCGUCGAAGCAGUCCGCCAACCCGAGCAAGAGCAGGGUUUCAUCUGCAACUUUGACAGCCACUGGCUGACCCUACGCCGCCUUUCGGGCCAGUGGUGGAAUCUCGACUCUACACUUGAGCAGCCAGAACCCAUGUCGGACACCUACCUGGGCCUUUACUUGCAACAGUUGGAACAGGAUGGCCUUCACCCGCCCACUCAUCAGCUUGUCUUGAAUCCUGCUUUGCAGGCUACACCGUCUUUGUGGUCAGAGGCACGUUUCCAGCAGGUUCAAGGCCCUCACAACCGAUGGAUCGACAAGCAAUACGGGAUGCCCGGUUGGCUGCAAUACAGCGCUCCAAUGCUGAAGACUCUUGAGGCCCAGGCCUUGGGCGAAAUGAGUUUGCUACAUGACUUAAACUGUGGAUAA